UAUUCUUAUCAUAUAAAUUAUAAGGGGAAGAGAUUUGAGAGAAUCUUAGCAUAUAUCAUAGGAAGCAUUCUCAAUUCUCAAACCCUAACAACCACUGUAUUGCAGAUUUUCUUGUUGUGGUAUCUAUUUUUGCCAACCUCCAUAAGAUAUAGCUACAUAAUCAUUCAAUUUUUCAACAUACAUAAAUUAAACUAAUACUCAAUAUCUACUACUUUAUUUUUAUUAAUUUCUUUAUUAUUAAACACCCUUUGAAAUCCAGAAAAUCAUCAUUCAGAUCAGAUCUUGCAUUAUCUUUUUAUCUCAAUUCAUUGCACCAAGUCCAAAUCAUGGGAAAGGGUAAGGAGAAGGAGCUUCAUCAGGUAACUAUUUGGGGACUAGAAAAUAAUAAUAUUAGCAUAGAUAAUAAUGAAGAAAACAAGAAGUGGAUGCAUAGAGAGACAGAAAGACAAAGAAGGCAAGAGAUGGGGAAGCUUUGUGCUACUCUUAGAUCUCUUCUACCUUUAGAAUAUAUUAAGGGAAAGAGGUCAACUUCUGAUCACAUGUAUGAGGCUGUGAAUUACAUAAACCAGCUUCAAAAUAAGGUGAAGAAGUUGCAAGCUAAGAGGGAUGAAUUAAAGAAGCAUUUUUCUGAUCUGAAUAAUAAUGCAAUUCAUGAUGAUGAUGAUGAAGAUGAAAGUAUUUUACAUCUUCCACCCUAUGCUGUUGUUCAUCCUUUGCAAGGAGUAGGUGUUGAGAUUAUUUGCUGUUACAGCUUCAAGAAAUGUUUGUGUCCCUUGUCAAGAUUGCUACACAUUCUUAUUGGUGAAGGGCUUAACAUAAUCAACACUAUUUCAACCAAAAAAAAUGGAAGAUUCAUACACACUAUCCAAUCAGAGGAUCCAAAUAUUAGUAGUAGUGCUGAUUACUCUGAGCUGCAAAGAAAGCUUACAGAAGCAAUAUCAUCAUCUUCAAGUUUGUCAGAAACUUUGAUUAGACCUGAUGAAAGUUGCUUAUUAUAUCUUGAUUCUUGAGAUCAAAGUAACACUAGUGAUGAGAUCCAAAGUGCAAUAGUGAUUGGAGGAAUCAGAAUAAAAAAGAGAUUUGGAUCUUCAUAGUGACAAGUGACAAGGACAAAAGAGCCCAACAUAUGAAGAUCACUGUGAAUGAAAGGGCCAUGUCCUCUGAAACCCAC